AUGCGCCAGGCCUCAGGAAGGUUGGCGACGCGCGCUACACGGCCUCUGGUGCGUCCCGCCGUCGCUCCCAUGGCCGUGCGUGCGGCCCAGGUCGGCGGGCAACGGACGCUCUUCGGCCUCUUCGGCGGCAGCAAGAAGAAGGCGCCUCCCGUGCGUUUCGACACGGUCCCGGAGCGCAAGGAGCCUGCCAAGCCGGUGCUGAGCCAGGACGACCUCUUCCACCCCCUUAGCAAGAGCCCGUUCGAGCCGCUCCGCCAGAAGGGCGAGCGACUCCGCACCUACGCUGUGUGUCCCGAGACACUGGAGAAGUACCACGAGCGCAAGCCGGUGCGGUAUGAGUGCCCCGACUGCGGCUUCCCGACGCACGCGAGCGAGGAGAUGUGGAAGGAGGGCAAGAAGGAGCACGAGGAGUACUGCCCCCGCCUCCGCGAGGUCAACGAGGACGAGCACGACAUCCGCUCCGGCCGCGAGCUGAAGGAGUUUGAGAACAUGCCGGGUGUUCAGCCGUACGAGCAGGCUCUCUCCAUGGCGAGCUGGGACACGUUCUUCUACACGCGCGACUUUGUGUCGAUUAACUCCCCGUGCGAUCCGGCACGUGUCCAAGCUGCUGACGUACCCGAUCUCGGUGCUCGUUCGAUGGCCGCCCUUCACUCCGUCCUGCACCCUCCCCCGGGCACGUCGACUGAGCUGAUGGACAUCCGUCCGAUGAACCCGUUCCGUGUCUUCCUUCUCGGAGCGCGCUCUGAGUCUACUCUGCCGGCGGACAUUUGGCUUCAGCUUGUGCACCUGUUCCCACGCACGCCGUUCAACGUCUACUUCAUCGGCCCCGAGGCGGGCGUUCCCCUCGUCACCGGAAGGCAGAGGGAGCACCUGAAGAUGUCGGAGGACGGAACGCAAUACGGCGUCCCGAGCUGCACGGUCAACGUCAACCCGCAGCUCAAGCUCAUCUCCCUCAAGGCCAACUACGAGAACGUGCACCACAUGUUCGGCCCCUUCGACCCGUACCAGGACGUCUUCUUCGCCUUCUCCCCGGGACUCGGCUUCCCAGACCAGUCGGCCAACGCCGUCGACCCGGCGACGGGCGAGCCGCAAGUCCAGGCGCAGACGUCGUGGAAGACGGCCCUGCAGCAGAUCCUCGAGACCAAGUGUGGUCUCUUCUUCACUGCCUUCUCUCCUACGGACCUGGCCCGUGACGUCUCCGCCAUCUAUGGCACGCAGCCGCCCGCGUCCGCCGCCCAGGGACCCUCCGAGUACCCGAGCACAGUGAACCUGCCGACAAAGCCGAUUCCGCCCAUCGAAGGCGUCACGAAUGAGUUCGACCUGAUCCUCACCCCUGGCCAGAACCCCUUCGGAAGCAGGAAGUGGGAGGUUGCCGACUGGGACCCGCGCGUCGCCGUCAAGACCAACUGGGGCAUCUGGGGUAUCCGCGGCAAGCGCUACGACGUCGCCGAGCCCAAGGUCGAGGACGACUAG